GGUGGAAAAAAGGAACUCCAGCCAGAGGAACUGAAGUUACUUUUUGACAUUUGAAAGAAGAAAAGCAAAAGAAGCAAAGCUGAAAGACUCACGAUGUCAUCGACGUGUACAGAGAAGAAGGCAGAAGAUGCCAAACAUCAGAGCUUCUGGAUGCCAGGGAACUACCAGACGACGGUGAAGAGGACGGAGGACGCCUUCCAGGCCUGUAACGACCUGGUGACGUGUUUACAGGAGCGGGCGCGGGUGGAACGGCUCUACGCUCAGCAGCUCAACGAGUGGAGCAGCAAGUGGAAGCCACUAGUGGACGCCAGUCCUCUGUACGGCUCCCUGAUGCGAGCCUGGCAGUGCUUCGUCUCCUCCGCCGACCGUCUCUCGGGCCUCCACACCGACAUGUGUCGCUCCCUGGUCUGUGAGGACGGCGACAGGAUCAGGACCUGGCAGAAGGAGACCUUCCAUAAAAAGGUGUUCGGGGGUUUCAGGGAGUCGCAGGAUUUCGAGACGGGAUUUGCUCGAGCUCAGAAGCCCUGGUCCAAAAAACUCAAGAAGCUGGAGAAAGCGCGGGUGUCGUUCCACAAGGCCAGCCGUAAGGAGCACGCGGUUCGAGAAAGGGAAACACACGCGCAGGGGAACCCCGACGUUGCCAUGGAGAAACAGAGGAGGAUCCAGGAGGAGCGAGACCUGGUGCACCAGGAGACCGAGAAGGUGAGAGGGCGAUACGAGAAGGUUCUGGAGGAGGUGACGCGCUACGCCCCGCGCUACAUGGAGGAGAUGGAGUCCGUCUUCGACCAAUCACAGGAGGAGGAGAGGAAGAGGAUCAGCUUCCUCAAACAGGCCUUCCUGUCCAUCCACCGACACCUGGAUGUCACCAAUAAUGAGAGUGUGAAGGCGGUGUACAGUGAACUCCACGACACUCUGAUGGGCAUCAGCGAGCAGGACGACACGCGCUGGUGGAAGAACACGCAUGGUCCAGGCAUGCCCACAGACUGGCCUCAGUUCCAGGAAUGGGUACCAAACAGGAAGCACAAAAAAGGAAAGAAAGAGCCGGAAGAAAAAGAAAAAGAAAAAGAUCCAAACGUGGUGGUGACGGAGAGAAAUGUGCUGGUCGGUGGAGUCCGGGUUCGAGCUCUGUACGAUUACGUUGGACAGGAGCAGGAUGAGCUGUCCUUUAAAGCAGGUGAGGAGUUUUUGAAGACUGAAGACGAGGACGAUCGGGGUUGGUGCAGAGGGAUGAUGGACGGAGGAAAAGAGGGUCUUUAUCCUGCCAACUAUGUGGAACUGGUGUAGCGUUCAACAGAGCCACUUAUUAACGUGCUAAACACACACACACACACACACACACACACACACACACACACACACACACACACACACACACACACACUUUUUCCUACCUUUUUCUACUUCCUCUUUCUGUAAUGGACGUGUGUAUCACACACAGCAGUGUGUCGCUGUGUGUAAACAGAGUCAUGUUGACCUAGGGAGCUGCUUAGCAUGCUAAUUAGAAGAAACCAGCAUGCUAGCUAGAAGGAGGCUAAAUUCUAUCGGUACCUGCGUACAUACAAACUGUUCGCACUUAGUUUUUACUUUAAAAAAAUUAUAUAUAUAUAUUUAGUUCACAGGCAUUUUUAAAAUAACAGACAGACUUGUAAAUAAAGUGCCUAACCUUCUCUAAGCACAGACUGUGACUGUGUGCAUUAGCGCAGGAAAACAUGCAAUCAAAAAACAUGCAACAGUUGCAGAUGAAGCUCAAUCACUCUGUCAGGGGUCUAAAACUAGUUUUGUUUUUUUUAGUUUUUUUUUUGAGUUUUUUUUUUUGCUUUGUUUAUGUUAAAGAUGAAAGUUUGUGCUUAAUAAGAAAGUCUGGAGAAAGUGUACAGCAAUGAAGUGGUGUGUGUGUGUGUGUGUGUUUAUGGAAGGAGGGAUUUUUCGCUAGCGAACAAGCGCUGGAAUUCUGAAUUUCUCCGAGUUUGAAUCCCAGCUCUGCUACCGGUCGGCUGGGCGCCCCCUAUUGGACAAAAUCGGCCACUAGUCUGCUGGCUGCGCAAAGCCUGGACUAAAAAGUGGACGGGGCCUUCGAGGCUGUCUAAGGACCCUGGUUAGUAGUUUGAGGCGCCUGUACAGAAGUGGAGGAACAAGGAGAUCGGCGAGUGACUCUCCAUGCGCGAGACCAACCUCAUGCACCGAUCCACGGAAGUACGGGCGAAUAAGAAGAGGUCGGAGGAAGCGCGUGUCAGGAGAAUAUACCCUCCUCGUAGGCCAUCAAGGUCUCCAGCAAGGGAAGAUUAAUUGGCUAUGACUAAACUGGGAUAAAAUGAGAAAGAAUCCAUAAAUAAAACAGAUAUUGAGCCACUUUUAAAGGUACAUUUGAGUAAAGUUUGUCUUGAUAAAAUGUUGCUGUUACAUCCGUGUGUAUUACAGAUUUCCCUGCUGUCCAAAUGUAAAUCGUUCCCGUGAAACCUUACGUCAACCGAAAUGCCGUAAAGCAUAGAAACAUUUAUCGUUAAUUUAAACGGGAAAAGGCCGAUGUGGGUGGGAUUAACGGAAGUGAUUCCUCAUAGAUGCUGCAGUUACGACCUAUGCUGGCCGAUCGAGGGCGCUGCACAGAGACGGGGGAAUAAUAGAGACCAGCGCGUGACUCUCCGUGCACAAUACGGAUCUCCAUAUGAAAAUGUCUCGUGUAAAGAAAAGAAGCAGCCGGCUCUGUACACAUGUCGCAGGGGGGGUGCGAUGGUUGUGGGAUCGGGCCUGGAGGAUUGAAUGUAUACAUAGUGUGUAGAUUAAAACCUGUGAGAAAUAAAUCUGGAUUAAGAGAU